GGGGCGGCGCAGCGCUCCAACGUGCUGAUGUCAGCAGGGACCGUCACACCGGGGACAACAGGAAGUGUCACACCGGGGGAGCUGCUGCUGCUGCUGGGUGGAGACAGACCUGCCCGUCGACUGUUUGUCAGUAUGACAGACAGUGACUGUUAUCAUCAGCAGCUCCAGAGAGAUGCCCAGUUCCUGUGCUCAGAUCUGAGGAUGGACACGGAACUUGUUGACAGACUCGUGCUGCAGCUGAACAGAAUUUACCCCCAGAUACUCAGUGACAAAGAAGCCCGCAGGUUCAGGAACCUGAGCAUACCCACCAAGGUGCGGUUAGCCCAGCUGCUGAAGCACCUGUAUGGGGAGGGAGAGGACACAUGUCACGAGUUCUACAGAGGACUUCACAUUCACGCUGAGGACGUUUACUCCAGCCUGCCCAGCAGAGUCAGACAAAGAGAGAUCGCAGAUCCAACGUGGACGAACAAUGUGGCGGUCCACCCAGAGCAGUUUGUGGUCAAUGACAGAGGGCCGAUGUUCUUCCUGAGCUGUUUCAGUUUUGUGGCUGGUAUCGCGAUGCUCUACUAUUAUGGAGGUGGUGAGACACUGAGACGCACCGGUCCGUUUCUUCACUGCUCUGCGGCAAGACUAGCAAGUAAAGGUGCUAAAGAUGUUUUAAUUACCUAUGCUGAGGUUGGGAGGCAGACAAAAUGAGUAUGUUAUGGUGCUGUGAAGUGCUCCCAUGAGAAGAGCGAGCCAGGAAAGGUUCCACUUCGUAUGCCAAACACAUACACACUCAGAGCUGUAAAGGAUUUCAGUGAAACUGAACACAUUCAAGUACUAAUUUUCAGUAAACAAGUACUAACUGUGUUUUUUGUUACGCUGGAUGAGGGAGACAUCAAUCAGGUGCAGUUCAAUACACACCCACACAGUCAGGCUUAUUGCAGCUUUAAUAGAGUGUGUUAGUGCUGUGUAUGUUAACACAUGCUACAUUAUAUUUGCCUAAACACACAACAUGUCCUCUCACCCACUCUCAGUGCCUUCUACUGUGAUAAAGAGACUUUUUAAUAUCUAUUGACUGUGUUCAACUUUUGCUCAAAUAAAGCACAAAUUAUUUUUGA